CACUCCUCGUCAACCAAAGCAAAUUUUAUAUUUAUUGCAAUGGCCACCAAUUGCCAAUUCCAAUAAAUGAAGAUUGAUAAUUUUCUACGAUCACCACAAAAUACUCUUCCCCAUAAUUCCUUCCCCACAGACAUAAUCAUCCCAAAAACCCUCCAUUCUGCAAAUGGCUGAGGCUUUGCUCGGAACUGUAAUUCAAAACUUGCAAUCUUUUGGCAAAGACCAACUAGCAACGUUUUGGGGUGUUGACCAACAGACUCAAAAGCUUUCCAGCAAUCUCACUGCAAUCCGUGCUGUCCUCAGAGAUGCUGAGAGAAAACAAAUCACAAGUCAUGCUGUCAAAGAUUGGCUGCAGAAACUCACAGAUGCAGCAUAUGUGCUGGAUGAUAUCUUAGAUGAAUGUUCAAUUCACUCCACAAAACUGAAUUUUGAUGAUCGACAUACUUCAUGCCUAUCCCGUCUCCAUCCUAAGGACAUUCUCUUUCGUUUCAAUAUUGGUAAAAGGAUGAAAGACAUCACCCAAAGAUUUCAUGACAUUCACGAAGAAAGGAGCAUGUUUAAUUUAGUACCCGGUGUCACGGAGGUCCAAACAAUCCAUGAUAAUUGGCGCCAAACUAGCUCUGACAUUACAGAACCUAUAGUCUACGGCAGAGACCAGGAUCGAGAGCAAAUUUUGAAGUUUCUUUUGGAAGAUGUUAGUGACAGUGAAGAACUCUCCAUCUAUCCCAUAGUUGGCAUGGGCGGACUUGGCAAAACAACACUUGCCAAGCAGGUCUUCAAUGAUAACAGGGUAUGCAAACAUUUUGACUUGACAAUUUGGGUUUGUGUCUCUGAUGAUUUCAACACCAUGACAAUACUACAAUCCAUCAUAGAAUGCAUCACUGGACAAAAUCCCAAUCUCAAUAGCUUAGAAGCAAUGCGGAAAAAGGUUGAAGAAGUGUUGCAUGGCUCAAGGUAUUUACUUGUUCUUGAUGAUGUGUGGAAUGAAGACCAAGAGAAAUGGAAGCAGUUGAAGGGAAAGUUGCAGUGCGCAAGGGCAGCAAAAGGAGCUACCAUUUUGGUCACCACUCGACUCGAGGAAGUUGCUUCCACCAUGCAGACGCAUCCUGCUUACUAUUUGAAAGAAUUGUCAGGAGAUGAUAGUUGGUCGUUAUUCAAACACCAUGCGUUUGGACCAAACAGAGAAGAAAAGGAAGAACUCGUGUCAAUUGGCAAAGAGAUAGUUAUAAAAUGCGUUGGUUCGCCGCUUGCAAUCAAAACAUUGGGAAGCCUACUACGUGAUGAAAGUGACGUAAAACAAUGGCAGAAUGUAAAGGAAAGUGAGAUUUGGGAUUUACAGGAGGAAAGUAGUUCUGGGACAGGUGAGGAAAAUUCUAUCAUGCGUGCUUUGAAAUUAAGCUAUUUUAAUUUGGAGUUGUCAUUGCGGAGAUGCUUUUCUUUUUGUGCAAUUUUCCCCAAAGAUUUUGAAAUAGACAAGGAAGAACUUAUUCAUCUCUGGAUGGCUAAUGGAUUUAUUAAAUGUGAAGGAAAUAUAGAAGUGGAGGAUGUUGGAAAUAAAGUGUGGAAAAAAUUAUACAGUAGAUCAUUUUUUCAAGAAGCUAAGUAUGAUGAAUUUGGUAUGAUCACUACUUUCAAGAUGCAUGAUCUAUUUCAUGAUCUUGCCCAGUCUAUUAUGGGUGAGGAAUGUGUGGUUAUUGUGAAAGGAAGAUUGACUCCAUUGCCAACUAGAGUUCACUAUUCAAGCUUGCUCCAUUCUGGUGUGUCUGAUGAUAUGACUGCUUUCAAGCAAAGAUUGACGACUGCUUUGAAGAAGGUUGAAUCCCUGCAGACUUUUCUUGAUUUUGGUGGUAUUGGCCCGGUGCCAUCAAAUCAUUGUCUCCGAGCAUUGCAAACAAACUCUUCUUUGUUGUCCCCACUUAAGGAUUUAACACACUUGAGAUACUUGAGUUUGAGAUUUAGUAGUAGUUCGGAAGAAAGCUUAAAUAACUCAAUUUGUCAGUUGACGAAAUUGCAAAUAUUGAAACUGUGUAAUUGCCCCGAACUUCAUGGGUUGCCUAAGGACUUGACAAGAUUACAGGAUCUGAGGCAUAUUGUGAUUGAUGGCAUGGAUACAAUACAAGGGAUGCCUCCCAAUAUUGGCAAGUUAAGGCAUCUAAGAACACUAAGCAUUUUCGUGGUGGGCUCAAAGCCAGGGUGUGGGUUAGCAGAGUUGCAUAGCUUAAAUCUGGGAGGCAGGCUAAGAAUCAGAGGCCUUGAGAACGUCCCCAGUGAAUGGGAUGCUAAACAAGCAAAUUUAAUGAGCAAGAAAGAGUUGAAUCGCCUACACUUGUCAUGGGGUAGUAGUGCUAAUUCAGAAGGUAGUAAUGUUAGUGUGGAGAGAGUACUCGAAGCCUUGGAACCACCCUCAGCUCUGAAGAGUUUUGGGAUGAAAGGAUAUCAGGGAAGACAAUUACCCAAUUGGAUGAAAAGUUAUGUAGUUUUGAGAGACUUGGUGGAAGUUGGGCUCUUGGACUGUGAGAACUGUGAAGAGCUUCCUCCACUUGGUAAGCUACCACACUUGAAAAGACUAAAGGUGAGUGGAAUGAAAAAUGUGAAGUGGAUAGAUGGUGAGACGUAUGACGGCGUGGAAGAGAAGGCAUUUCCAUCGUUGAAGGAACUGAGUCUGUAUAGUUUACCAAAUUUGGAGAGGUUGUUGAAAGAUGAAGGAGUAGAGAUGCUCCCUCGUCUUUCCCGAUUAACAAUUGAUGGUGUCUUCAACUUUAAAGUCCCACGUCUUCCUUGUGUUGAGAAACUUAGUGCUAAAAGGAUUGGCGAAGUGGGUUCCUUCAUGGAAGGGGUUGUGGGGAAUCUUCCUUCUCUAAAGACCUUGGACAUUUAUUGCGUUAAAGGAGCUGUGGUAUUACCCGACCAACUCAGUGGGUUGGAUGCACUACAACAACUACAUAUUGAUGUUUGGCAUGAUGUGGAGUAUUUUACUGAACACGUGCUUGAAGGUCUAACUUCUCUUCGAACUUUGACCAUUCAAGACUGUAAGAAAUUGAAAUCGUUGUCUGAAGGAGUGCGACAUUUGGCUUGUCUUGAGAGUUUGAGGAUCAGUAAAUGUCCAGAGCUGGUGGCUCUACCAAGCAAUAUGAGUCAACUAUCUGCCCUGCGGGAGGUUUCAAUCAAUAGUUGCUGCACAUUACCAGAUGGCUUACAACGUGUCCCCUCCCUACGAGUUUUAUAUAUAUACGAAUGCACGUGUACUUCAUUGCCGGACUGGCUGGGAGACAUGACUACUCUUGAAAAAUUAACCAUUUUGUACUGUGAGGAGUUGAGGUCACUGCCCAGUAGCAUUCAACGCCUCACCAACUUAUCUUAUUUAAGAAUACAAUAUUGUCCUCAUCUGAAGAAGCGAUGCAAGAGGGAAACAGGAGAGGAUUGGCAAUACAUAAACCACAUUCCAAACAUACAAGUACUUUUCGGGAGGAAGCCGACGUUUUGUGGUGAAUUCAAGAGUGUUUUGUUUACUUCUCCCCGAAAUGUGUCACUCUUUGAAAAUUUUGUGUAGCCUUUUUCGUGGUGUAUAUAUUAAAUAUAAACAAUGUUUGAAUA